UUUACAUACAUGUUUCUUUACUACGUUUCUCAACAUCGAAUUCAUAUAUUUUCCAUUCUAAAUUUAAUUUCACCUAGUGAUCAAUGAAUUGCAACGAAACUCUUAUUGUGGAUUUGAAGCAUAAAAUUAAUGAGUCCUUCAAGAUAAUUCAAUGUUAUGAUUGGUUGAUUAACUCAUACGUUCUAGAUUUCUACGUUGAUAAUCACUGGGACCGUCUUCCGCCAUCGUGGAGGUCAUGCUUUGAUCAUCUGGAAGUGUAUCAACUGAAGCAUUUACUGUCGGAAGAAUCAGAAGUGCAGAAACGAACUGUGUGGCCUCUAUCAAUUUACGCUCUUCGGACAUUGUUCCGGAAAUUUUGCUUAUCACGAAAAUUGGAGCUAUGUCGAAAGGAAUCUAAAACACAAGGUGUACAAAACGAGGCUCAGCGAAAACUGUUUGACAAAUCGGUCAAGUUGAAAAAGCGACAUGAGAUUGAAAAAUUCAGCGAUGUCUGUCAACGAACAGGCGAAGCUGAAAAUGUGCAGUACUUGGUAGAUGUUGGCUCUGGACAGGGGAAUCUAGCUCGAACCUUAACCUACCGGUAUGGAUUUAAGGUUUGCUGUAUAUAGCAGGAUGAAACUUUGAUAAAGGCUGCAAAAAUCAAAGAUGAAGAAUUAUGUUCCAAAUUAAAGAGACAGUUCAAAACAGAACCCUCAUAUCAUCCAAUUCAUUUGAGCAGGAAGGUUGAUUUUACAGCCAUCGAUUCGGAACAGUUCGUACAGAUGAUCCGGGAUUCGUUUAAUGUAGAAAAAGAAUCUCCCUUUCGCUUUGGUUUAGUUGGUCUUCACCCAUGCGGAGAUUUGGCUGUCUAUCUCAUAAGGCUGUUUCUAUCCUGCACGGAAGCAAAAUUUAUAAAAUUAGUCUGCUGCUGCUAUAUGAAAUUGUCAACGCAGAACGGUAAAGCACAAGACUAUGGAUUUCCUUUAAGUGAUUUUAGCCGGCAUGUUGGACUAAAACUAAGUUACGAGGCGUUGGAAAUUGCCUGUCAUGCAAUCGAACAGUACAGCAAAAAAUUAGAGGAAAACUACGACGAACUAAAAGUGCAUGCCUUCCGAGCAGCAAUUGAAAAGAUUAUUGUUAAGUUGCACCCGACGCUGAAACAUUCUGGACUUAAAAGUACUAAAGUUACCGAUAUGAGCUUCCAACAGUACUGUGAUAGAGCAACCAGCGGAUUAGAAAUCAAACUACCUCAGUGGGAAGUAGAAUCUCCCGAAAUCCAUUCGCUACUGAGCAGCUGGGAACGAGUGGUGAAAUUCUACACACUACGGCUUAUGUUUGCACCACUGAUCGAGUCAGUUAUACUCUACGACCGAAUGCUUUUUCUUCUGGAACAAGGAAUUAGCAGCAGGAUUGAUGUGAUCUUUGAUCCGAUUUGUUCCCCUAGGAAUCAUGCGAUGACCGGAUGGAAAUGACUCACUAUGAACACUACAGUUUAUCACUGCCAGUAUAGAAAAUAUAGGUAUAUACCAUGAAUUUAUAUUUUUCAGGAUUCAUUCGAAAUAAAUAGAAAGCCAUUAUUUUA